AUGAGUCUCCAGUACAUCAAAGCCGCCAAUCUCUCUCUUGAACGCAAGUCCAAUACCACGGCAGUCGCUUUUAGUCCCCGCGGCACAUUUCUCGCAUCAGUCGAUCUCAACGGCGAAAUAUGCGUAUGGUGCAUGGAAGACUACUCGCUAGUCCACAGAAUCUCUCAGAAUGGUAACAUACCCAUUCUCUCUGUGGCCUGGAUGCCUCCGGACGAAGAUAGCUUUGUGUGUGGCCUCGGCGAUGGUACCAUCGUCUAUUGCUCCAUAACAAAUACAGAACUUGUAGUAUCUGGAGUUUUGGCCCACUCUUUUCCGGUCGACUGCCUAGCGGUCGCUUCUUCGACUCGCUUUGCAUCUGGAGCGAGGUGUGAUAUUCAUGUCUGGAAGCGGAUGGCACAAGGUAUCGGAUCAAGCCCUUGGAUAGAAGAAGCGAGGAUCCCUGCACCUUCUGUGGCGCGUUCGAGCCAGGAGGACCUUGUGGUGACAAGUUUACAUUGGCUGGCACCCGAUCAGUCACAGCUCCUAGUGACAUUUAUGAACCACGGCAUUCACUUCAUAGAUGCCGUCACCUGGGCUUACAUUCGCAGCAUCAACGUCGCCGGACAAAUUGCGCAUGCAUCGCUAGCCUCCAACCGAAGGCUGCUCGCUGUUUCGAAUAUGAUUAAUGGGUUCGAUGUCUAUCCGUUAGAUUCUAAGGGUCCCGUGCGCUCGUUUUCGCAUCCAGUGGCUCCGAAUGCCCUUCGAGCCGUGCAUGUUCGCUUCAUCCACGGCAACAAUGCACUACUUGGUGGCAACGCCAUGGGAAACGUUCACUUGUGGGACGUUGACACCUCGGAGAAGCUUGCUCGUCUCACACUCGGCGGUAUGUGCUUGAUACUACAACAUUGCUCGACUCUGACACGCUCGUUAUCAGAUCACGACAUGGUUAUCGCAGUCGACGUACGUGUGUCUACUCUGCCUGCCUUUGUAGCACGACGCUUAGCAAUCCUCAGGCGUUCUACAACCGCUCUCGAGACACGUUCUACAUCGCGACAGGCAUUGCUGAUGGUCCGUCGUCGACAGAAGUAG